UUCGUACUCUUUCACUCCUCCCACACACCACCUUACUCCGCUCACCACCGACUCCUCACUCUUUCUCCUACCUCGCGAUUUGCCCUAGCGGAGGAUCCCCUCACCUCCUCCCUCCUCCUCCUCCUCCUCCUCGAUCUCGACCUCUUCCUCCUCGAUCUCGACCUCUUCGGCGAGGCCAUGGGGGACAGAGUCGACUACGUGUUCAAGGUGGUGCUCAUCGGGGACUCGGCGGUGGGGAAGUCGCAGAUCCUGGCGCGGUUCGCGCGGAACGAGUUCGCCCUCGACUCCAAGGCUACGAUCGGGGUCGAGUUCCAGACGCGGACCCUCGUCAUCGACCACAAGAGCGUCAAGGCCCAGAUCUGGGACACCGCGGGACAAGAGAGGUACAGGGCGGUGACGAGCGCAUACUACCGCGGCGCGGUGGGGGCUCUGCUGGUCUACGACAUAACCAGGCGGCAGACCUUCGACCACAUACCGCGGUGGCUGGACGAGCUGCGGGCGCACGCCGACAAGAACAUCGUCAUCAUGCUGGUGGGCAACAAGACCGACCUCGUCGACCAGCGGACCGUGCCAACCGAGGACGCCAGAGAGUUCGCCGAAAAGGAGAACCUCUUCUUCCUCGAGACAUCGGCGCUCGAAGCCACCAACAUCGAGAGCGCUUUCCAAACCGUUCUAACUGAGAUAUUCAAUAUCGUCAAUAAGAAGAACCUUGCCUCUGAUUCGCAGAGUAACGGUAAUGGGAGCGCGCCGAUCUCGGGGAAGAAGAUUAUCGUGCCGGGGCCAGCGCAGGAGAUACCGAAGAGCAAGGCCUGCUGCAAAAGUUUGUAAGUUUCUUUCUCUUUUCCCUUUUUUUUUUUUUUUUUUUUUUUUUUUUUUUUUUUUUUUUUUUUUUAAAGCUUGCUGUGGAGAUUGUUUCUGUAUUCAAUUUUACAUCUUGUGGAUCUCGGUUGAAUCUUUAUAGCACUGCUAACGGGUGUGAGUUGAGAUUUAAAGAGGAAACUUUAGAUGUCUUUUGUAUUAAAUACGGUUGGAAAAUAUUUGUCUUGAUGGUCCAAUAUAAGACUGUUUUAUCUGCCA